AUGGCUGAUGUCGCUGCCUUGGAGGCAGAGGUGAAGGAAUUUAAGCUUCAGCUUGAAACCGUUGUAUCGAGCUUGCAGGUAGACCCCGACAACACGGAACUCCAGGCUCUCCAAACUGAACUCGAAGAACUCAUACUCCUCACGGAAACUUCCAUCGCCGAACUCAAGCCGACCAACCCUGCUCCUCCCAAGGACACUCGACCCAAAGAUAAUGCCGCCCGGAAACCCGUUACGACAGAGGAAGCCCCUCCUACUCCAAUGAAUUUCUCAGUCAACGACAACGUCCUGGCCCGUUGGGUCUCUGGCGACAACUCGUUCUACCCGGCCAAAAUCACCUCUAUCACCGGAUCCUCGGCCAACCCGGUCUACCUGGUUUCAUUCAAGUCAUAUGCGAACGUGGAAAACUUGACAGCCAAGGACAUCCGACCCAUCUCUGGCACUGACUCUCGCAAGCGCAAGGCUGAUGGAACCUCAAGCAGUUCGGCAUCUUCGCCCGCCCCACCCCCGGCUCGUAACGACCAGGCCAAAGGCGAUGGUUCGGCUCGUCCCGCCAAGGCACCCCGCAAGGUCAAGGCUAAUCGCGAGCUUGAGGAGGGCAAGAACAAGUGGAAAGACUUUGCUGCCAAGACUAAGGGCAGGGGCAAGUUUGGCAAGAAAGACAGCAUGUUCCGCACUGGUGAUGGUGUCAACGCACGAGUGGGAUUCACAGGUUCUGGUCAGCAGAUGCGCAAAGAUCCCACCCGAACCCGCCACACCUAUCAACAGGCCGAGGAUGAGGGCUACUAA